AUGGAUUUCGGUCUUUACCUCUUCCUCUAUCAAAACUUUCACCGCGGUCUUCUUGGCCUGGGACGUUGCAUCCUGAGCUCGUCGCGUUGCCUCGAAAGACUAUGGCGAGAACCGGUGCGAGGUCCGAAGGUAGGACGUUGCACUUUGAUGCUGUCGCGAGAACCGGUGAGAGGUCCGAAG